AUGCUCCCUGCUAAGCGAAACAAGGUCGACAUCAGUAAACUGAGCGAGCAAGAGCAGUUGCUUUUCGCAAAAUAUGGGAAGCUUCCUACCCAUAAGAAUACGCUCAUGAAGAUGCAAAAGGACCGAAAGUACUUCGACUCUGGAGACUAUGCUCUUUCCAAGGCUGGCGUGACAUCGCAGGAAUCGGUUGGGACAACGAUUCCGAAUCCAGAAAACAUUCCGCAUGCCUCCUCGCCGCCGACUAACGGCAGUAUGCAAUCUCUUUCGACUUCUCCUACCAAUCCUACGAGCCCAAUAAACAAGGAAACAUCCGAAGCGACGCCCGAAGAGGCCGCGCCCAGCCUGGACACGACAACAACUGGGGAGGAUCAGCAAGCAAUGAACACCGCCGAGUGA